AAUCAACGUCCAAUCCCGCCCAGUCCAAUCCGGCGCCUGUUCGCCGCCUGUCCUUAGUUUGACCACCCCACGUCCGUACCUAAUGUACUUUGUCCUAGUCUGCCUUGCACUUGUCAACAUCCUAACUCACCCACCCUCCAAGGCUAACCCCACGGCGACCUAGCGAACUCGAGCUCGACAUAAAGCCUACCUACGACGAAGCCUCCACGACCGAGCAUUUGCCCCAGCUAUACACACACUCGCACACACUGCGCAUCCUCACAGCUUUAGUCGAGACCGAUCGCUCACUUUCUUCAUCAUGGGCAACACUACUAGUGCGGUGUUGGACAAUAUUGUCCAGGGGUCCAACUUCGACAGAGAUGAGGUUGACCGUCUGAGGAAACGUUUUAUGAAGCUGGAUAAGGACAACUCUGGCACGAUCGAGCGCGAUGAGUUCCUCAGCCUCCCCCAGAUUUCCUCCAACCCGCUAGCCACAAGAAUGAUUGCCAUCUUCGAUGAGGACGGCGGCGGCGACGUCGACUUCCAGGAGUUCGUGUCCGGCCUCAGCGCCUUCUCGAGCAAGGGCAACAAGGAGCAGAAGCUGCGCUUUGCCUUCAAGGUGUACGACAUUGACCGCGACGGUUACAUCAGCAACGGCGAGCUCUUCAUUGUCCUCAAGAUGAUGGUUGGCAGCAACCUCAAAGACCAGCAGCUGCAGCAGAUCGUCGACAAGACCAUCAUGGAGGCGGACCUGGACAAGGACGGCAAGAUCAGCUUCGAGGAGUUCACCAAGAUGGUGGAGAACACGGAUGUUAGCAUGAGCAUGACCUUGGACACAUUCUAGAAUAAAGCAUGGUGGCGGCGCGCGUGCGCAUUAGGAUCAUGAGAUAUGAAUUGCAACACCCUUCUAGGUAGAGGUAUACCAUUACCCCGAGGCGGCGCCGCGGCCGCCGUUUGAGCCUGAAUUGAAGUUUCUGGGUUUCAGCAGCCCGAGUCGCCGAUGCUCAUGUUUGUACAACCUUCGAGAUGAUCGCGGUCCCGUCACAUGGUCUCCUACAUUCCAUCAUGAGUAGAGCCGGCUCAUGUAUAUACAUGUCUACCUAGAUGUGUAUCAAAGAAGGAUACUAAAGCAAAGGCUGGAGGCUACUGAGCUAAAGUAAUAAAUUCCAUAUGCAACAUGGACCGUCUGGGGAUCUUCCUCAUCGUCGCCCACCAGGCUGUUAUAAGCACAUCGGGAGCGGCACCAUAACACAUACGACCAUACCCACUGGAGAACUCGGGAUCCCGUCCGCUCUCCCAUAGAUAAGCCAGUGAGGGCCGGAUUAGUAGUUGGG